CGCAACAAGUCACGCGGGUAGUCACCUGAACUGUUUGUAAUUUUAGCUAAUGUAAUAUGACGUUUUGUAUCUAUUUCUUCUUUAAAUCUUUUGUAAUUUAGCCUGAGCUUUACUUUUUUUCUAACUGGAAGUAUAUUAAAAUAAAAUGGACGAGGACGGUCUACCAAUCGUGGGGUCAGGUGUUGAUCUGACUAAGGUUCCUGCUAUUCACCAGAGAAGAAUUGUYGCCUAUCUGAACCAGUUUGUUGUCCACACGGUUCGUUUCCUUAACCGAUUCUCCACUGUGUGUGAAGAGAAACUUGGAAACGUAUCUCUUCGGAUACAGCAAAUAGAAACCACUCUGAGCAUUUUAGAAGCAAAGUUGUCCUCUAUUCCAGGCCUGGACGACGUCACAGUAGAUGGACUCCACCAGCAGCACACUGCACAGACUAAUGGACCCAGCAGUGCCARUCAGAACCAAACUGAGGGUCCAGCCACAGGAGCACCUCCUCCCUCAGAGCCUGCUCACGCCUCAUCAGAGGCUGCACCUGCACAGAAAGCAGAAGUGGCUGCUGAGAAUGUCAUGACGGUAGCUAAAGACUCACGCUACGCUCGUUACCUAAAAAUGGUCCAAGUGGGGGUACCAGUGAUGGCCAUUCGGAAUAAAAUGGUGAUGGAGGGUUUGGAUCCCAGCCUGCUAGACACACCUGACGCACCUGUGCCCGACGUGGCAACGAGGAGCACGGAGGAUGAUGUCGGCGCCACCAGCUCAGACAGCGAAUCAUCUUUUAGCGACUGAAGGACACUAAUCAGUGAUUGUAAUUUUACUGUAAAAAUGGACUGAAAAGGAUUUGCUUGUAGUCAAAUCAGUCUCCCCAAUUUUGUUUUAUAGUUUUUUUUCUUUCCAAUUCUAUUAAUUUUCUUGAAAGAUAAGUCGUCUUUUUUUUUUUUUUAAUGUCUCAAAAGUCAAAAGCAUGCCUUCGUGCCUGCACUCCUAUCACAAGCCUGGACAAAGUUGCACCUAAAGGUACAUAAAUUUCUUGAAGCAGAUGUCUUAAAGUGUAAAAAUAAUUGUAAAAAAUGAAAAGUGCUGUGAAUGUAUGAAAAAGCAAUGUAUAAAGCACUUUGUUCUGAUUUUUCACUAAUAAACACACAUUGUUAUAAAA